UUUCGAAUACUCCCGAGGGGUCCCGAAGUACGUCCGUAAUAGUGACAUCAGAAAUAUUAGCUCCCGUAUGCAAUCCCUUCAAAAUACGGUCAGUGUACAACGAUUGAAAGUUAGAUUUCAGCGAGUCUUUGAAAGGUUUGUUGACGAUGGACAACACUAGUAGUACCUCAUCAGAUGAAAGUGAUGUGAAAACAAGUACAGUCACCAUCAUCAAAGGAAAGAAGAAGAAAAAAUCAAAACCUAAUGUAUUAUUUAUUGGCAAUUUGCCAUAUAACACAACAAAAGAGGAAAUUAUGGAACAUUUCAAAAAAGCUGGUGGUAGUGUUACUGAUGUACGAUUGAUAACUGAUAAGAAUACAGGACAGUCAAGGGGAUUUGGUUAUGUUGACUUUGACAAUUUUGAAAGUGUGAGGAAAGGGCUGAAACUUCAUCAUUCUAGAAUAUUUGGAAGAAAGAUCAAUGUAGAAAUGACAGUGCCAGGAAGGGGAAGAAGCGAAAACAGGAAAGGACUUAUCCGGGAGAAAAACAAACAAUGGAAAAGAAAGCUUAAUAAGAAGAAACGACCUAGUAAAAAAUGAAAAAUCUUAAAAAUAAUAACAAAUUAAUUUAAUGUUAUUUUGAGAUUUAUAUUUAUACAAAUAUGUUCUUUAUCUUUGUAUAUUAUGCAUUUUAUUAAGUGUGCUUUUAUUAUGGUAAGUGAGUCUCAAAAAUUCUUAUUUUAUUGAAAUACAGUCUUGUCAAAUAUC